GGACUCCAAAUAGCAGCAGACGAUGGUGUGAGUGGAGGUGGCGCGGCAGCAAGCCCUAUCCUAGUAUAAAAUUUACCUCUGUGCGGGCGUACAGAGACGAGGACAUGGAUCAAUAGGUGUACCACAUCGUCUUUUAACGAGGUUCUGGAUGGGCGGGCCCGUUCAGCGUCUGUUGGCUUGGGCAACCCGCCCGGGCGUGGCCGCUCCCGCGUUCUCGACGUUCGGGGUACACGGCUGGCCCCGGCUGCUGGCAACAUAUGAGAACAGCAGCAGUUUACACAGCAUACUAAGCGCCAGCGGCAGCAACUGGAUCUGCAGCAGCAGCAGGAGCACUAGCAGCGCCAGCAGUAGCAGCAGUAGUGCAGAUGCCGGGCAGGCCUUGGGACAGGAGGCCUCGUCGCUAGGUCGGAAGCAGCGGAUCGUGUUCCUAGGGACACCUCAGGUGGCUGCGCUGGUCCUGGAGCGGCUGCUGGCGGCGUCCCGGCUGCCGGGCAGCACCUUCGAGGUGGCUGCGGUGGUCAGUCGGCCCAGCAGGCGGCACUGGCUGGAGCGGGAGCGGGAGCGAGACGCGGCGCGAGAGCGGUCAGCGGCAACGGCACUAGCACCAGUGGCGGAAGCAUCGGGGCCGCAGGCUGCAGGGGGCGGCGGGGCGACAUGUAGCAGGGCGGGCAGCGAAGCGGCAGUGGCGCAAGCGACGCCAACGGAGCAAGCGGCGGCGGCGGCGCCAGGGCGUGGCAGUUAUGGGCCAGAAAUACAGGGGCAACACGGGAGUAGAGGUGCUACUGCGGCACAUCAACCCAUCCUGUCAGCAGGCGCGGCAGUGGCGGCGGCAGCGGGGCCCAACUGGUCCCGACACGGGGCAUCGGCGGUGGAGCGAGUGGCGGCGGCGGCUGGGCUGCCGCCCGACCGCAUCAUGUGCCCUGUCAGUGCCAAGGAGCCCGGCUUCCUGGCGGCGCUGGCGGCGCUGCAGCCCGACCUGGCUGUGACGGCGGCGUACGGCGCCCUGCUGCCGCAGUCCUUCCUGGACCUGCCGCGGUGCGGCACACUAAACAUCCACCCCAGCCUGCUGCCCAAGUACCGGGGAGCGGCGCCGGUGCAGCGGGCGCUGCAGGACGGUGUGGACGUCAGCGGCGUCAGUCUCGUGUUCACAGUGCUCAAGUGCGACGCAGGGCCGGUGCUGGAGCAGCAACAGGUGCCGGUGCCCCCAGACGCCCAAGCGCCGCAGCUGAGCGAGCAGCUGUUCGAACUGGGUGCGGACAUGCUGCUGCGACACCUGCCCGCCGUGCUGCAGCGGGGCCGCGCGGCGGCAGAGGGCGCGGCGCGGCAGGAUGAGGCGGAGGCUACGUACGCGCACAAGAUCCUGCGCCAGGAGGCCUAUCUUGACUUCCGCCUGACCGCCACGCAGCUGCACAACACCGUGCGGGCGCUGGCGGGCUGGCCGGGCGCCCGCGCCACACUGCUACUGGAGGCCAAGGGCACGGGCACGCGGGACCCCAUUGAGAUCAAGAUCCUGCGGACGCGUGUGGCCUCAGCUGACCAGUUGCGGGCCCACGCGCGCGCCCGCCAUCCGCCACACGCUACCCAGCAGCACCACGCUCUACACAGAUCGCGCCAGCACCCUCAGAGCCACCACGCCCGCACUGACGCUUGUGGCACGCCUGCGGCCACCGUGCCGCCGCUGCCACCGGGCGCCGCGGCGCAGGUGGUGGUCACGCCAGCCGGCGAGCUGCUGGUGCCCUGUGGGGACGGCUCACUGCUUCAGAUAUUGGAGGUGGGGCGGAAGAGCGGCGGCGUGGGCACAGCGACUGCCCCCAGCAAGAGCCUAACCGCAAAGGAGUUUGUGGCGGGCCUGGCGCGACGGCGGCUGUAUGUACCGGUUUGCACAGGCACCGGCACGCCCGGCGGCAGUGGCAGCACUGGCAGUAGCAGCAGCGACAGCAGAAGUAGCCGCAGCAGCAGUAGCAGCAGUGGCGCCGGUGCAAACUGUUGAGCACAACAGCCCUGCGCCUCCAGCUGCAACGGGCAGGGGCGCAUUAUGUUUGAGGGCGAAGGUCACAGUGCGUUGGUGCGGACUCUUGGCCGUGUGUGGUCGUGCGGAGUCAGGGGCGGGUGUCUUGCAAAAUGAGCCGGGAAGGCAUAAACCUUCAUCCUGGGACAGCUCCGACUAACCCCCAACUAACUCGUGUACGGCAUCCCAACCCCCCUCAGCCGUACAGGAGAUAGCGUGGCAGUCGGCAGCUGCACGAGUGUGAGCGGGUAGUUGUACGGAGGCCCGGCUCGGAAGCUACCUGACUGUAGUGAUGCACACGGGCAGUUGGCGCUAGUCGGCAGGCGCGCGAGUGGGAGCUGGCAGUUGGGAUCACACGCGUGUGGGAAGCUGCGUCUGAGCACGGUGGAGCACGGCGGAGGCUGGCGGUUGGCGCGGCAAUCGGGCUGCAAGCAAGUAACGUACCGUCCCGUGCAGUGGCGCAUCCCCCUAUACCCCACACGUAAAACGCUGCGAAUGAGAAGGCAUAUUGGGCAAGAGCAGGCUGGUGCGCGCUAUUACUGUACCGACGUUGGUAGCUGGCGCGGGAGCGGGCUGCGUGGCCGCUGGGCCGCUGUGGCGUUUUGAUGCGCAUUCUUCACGCUCCGGGCGCCCGGCCAGGCGAUGCCAACACAGAUAGUGCGACGCCACAACGUGCGAUUGCGAAGAGAAGUAGCGCACCUGCAGGCAGGCGUCCAGCGUCCACGGAUGAGCGCCGUAACGGUGCCAAGCGUAAUGCGACAGAGUGCAGCAAAGCAACGGCCGGGCGGUACAGUGACAGGCAAGGGCAAAAACAGGGCGCGAAAGCGCAGAAGAGGGGGACCGAGGAGUACGGAA